AUCCAGGAAGUAGCCUAUCGGCGGACUCAUCCCAGGUUUGGCCGGGCAGCAGCAGCGGAGCAUUUUGUUCCAAACAAAGUAGGACUCUCCCUGCAGAGGCCGAAUGACCCCAAUGGACUGAACGGCUCUUCGUUUUUUUGUGUGUGUUUUCUCUGGUUUUCUAAAACAUCUAGUGUAAAGCUCGCAAAAAUGGCUCCCGGAUAGAGGACGGAAUAUUCUAGAAACACCGUGGACUGCGGGGUUUCGAGUGUGUCCAGGAGCGCAGCGGCCCGUGGCCGUGGAGGAGCUUAGCAGCUGGGUGAAGCAGAAGGAGUCGCCCGCUAUUGUGUGUUAAGACGGAUUUACCGCCGUAUUAAAGCCCCGUCCCCAUCCCUUACUUACUCGCCUUCCUGAUUCUGUUCUGGGGGAGUUCAGACCAGUAUCAUCGCCAAGAUAGCCGGGCCAGGCAGGAAGAGGCACACCUCAGAUCCAGACCCCAGCAGCGGUAGCGAUUCCGGCGACGGGCGGCCUGUUAGUGCCAAGUGCCUGAAGAUGGCCAGCAGCGGUGGAGGAGGCAGCAUGGCUGGUAGUGAUGCGGUGGGCCGUCGCGGCGGGGCUCAGCAGAGAGGAAGUGGCAGUCGAGAAAAUGGCUCCGACCAGCCCUCCAGUAAGAAGAAGCAGAAGGACAGAGCCAACCAGGAGAGUCGAGAGGCCAAAAGGGCGGCGGCGGCUGCUGCCGCCGCCGCCGUGGACGGAGUUAUAGCAGAGGUCAAGAAAGAUGUGUUCGUGGAUUGGAAGCAGAAUGUCAAUGAAGUGACGGUGAGGCUGCGCUGUGGGGAAGGAGUGCAGAGGAUAGAGGACAUCAGCACCACCUUCACCGACACACACUGCGAUGUGUCCUUCCCAGAUGGACGACAGUGGAGCUGCCAGUUGCAGGAGGAAAUUGAGGCCUCGUGUAGUCGAGUCCAGUACAAGGAAAAGGGUGGAUUCCUGCAUCUCAUCAUGCACAAGAAGAUUCCCUUUCACAUCUGGCCUUCUCUUAAGUCCAACAAGAAGGAGAAGGAGGCGGCACCCCCAGAGACCAAAAACGACUCGAAGCCCGUUGCCUUGGAAUCAUCUGAGAAACCCAAACUAUCCUCACCUCAGCCUCCAUCUUCACCGGCACACAGCACAGAGUCCAGACGCAGCGGUGGCAAAGCCGAGCGAGGCGUAAAGCGCUGCCUGAAGAACAAACCAGCGUCUGAUAAGACUGCUACGGACUCCGUCGGGGUGAAAACCGGAGACGCCUCAGCCGCCACCGCUGCCACCAGCAAGCCUGUUAACAUCAUGAGAGGUGAGCAGCAGCCUCAGGAACCCAGCGCCAAGCGUCCCAUCGUACGGCCGCCCAAGACCACCAAGGAGGCGGCAUCACCAGCCGACAGGGACGCCGCCUCUGUCAAGUCUACAGCAGCUAACGAUAAAGCGCCCGCUGGUCGGAGCCCUCAGACGCAACGCAGGGACGGAGACAACCGAGCAGAAAAAGGUCCAGGAGUAGCUGCUGCAGGCAACAGAACACAGCAGGAAGAGAAGCGAAACCAGUCUGCAGACACGUCUGGAGCUGCAGUCAGCGAUGCCCAGCCUGAAGCUCCCCUCAGCACCAGCGACUGCCUCAAACCCGUCGCCUUCAACAAGGAAGUGGACUCUGAUUCUCCCCAGAAACCGGGAGACCGAACGGACUCUGAGCCAGAGAAAAAGCCUGUUGAGCAGGAAUCGGAGCAGGAUACUCUGAUCCGCCAGCAGCCUGGAUCACUGGAGGCGGCACCGGCACCGGCCGCCAGCGUGGCUGAAAAACAAAACCAGUCAGCCGGUCUAACGCAGAACCAGAGCAGCUGCGACGAGGAGGAGAAACGGGACCAGUCAAAGGAAGAACCGCCGCUGGAGAUGAAGCAACAGGAAGCCCCAGAGCCGAUGGUGAACCUGCAGUUUGUCAAGAACGACUCGUACGAGAAGGGAACAGACCUGAUGGUGGUCAAUGUUUACUUGAAGGGCAUCUGCAGGGACACGGCCAGAGUCAUCUUCAGGGAACAAGACUUCACCCUCAUCUUUCAGACGAGUGAUGUGAACUUCCUGCGGCUCCAUUCGGACUGUGGACCAAACACAGUCUUCAAGUGGCAAGUCAAACUCAGGAACCUGAUCCAGCCUGAGCAGUGCAGCUACUCCUUCACCCCGUCCCGCCUGGACAUCACCCUGAAGAAGAGGCACAGUCAGCGCUGGGGAGGUCUGGAGGCUCCGGCCACACAAGGUGCAGUGGGUGGCGCCAAGGUCGCCGUGCCCUCCAGUCCCGCCUGCAUGGAGAAGAGUCAGCCGGGCAGCAGCCAGCACAGCCUUCCGGCCAAAGAGGAGCCUCCGAGGGUCGGGGAGGAGAAACCCAAGGCCCCCAAGGCUUCACCCAGAGUGGAGGACGGGGGUCUGGACACCGUGGCUCCUCGUACCGUCUCCGAGCAUGUCGCCAUCACCAAGCCAGAGCCCACUGUUACCGCGCCGAAACCUACCUGCAUGGUCCAGCCCAUGACCCACGCACCUCCCGCCAGCAACGAGCGUCACGAGGAAGAGGAGGAGAAGAAGGUGUGCCUGCCUGGUUUUACAGGAUUGGUCAACCUGGGCAACACCUGCUUCAUGAACAGCGUCAUCCAGUCCCUGUCCAACACCAGAGAACUCAGGGAUUACUUUCACGAUCGAGCAUUUGAGGCAGAGAUCAAUUGCAAUAAUCCACUGGGAACAGGAGGUAGACUCGCCAUCGGCUUUGCUGUGCUGCUCAGGGCCCUUUGGAAGGGAACGCAUCAUGCCUUCCAACCCUCCAAACUCAAGGCGAUCGUGGCCAGUAAAGCGAGUCAGUUUACAGGCUACGCCCAGCACGACGCCCAGGAGUUCAUGGCGUUCCUGCUGGACGGACUCCAUGAGGACUUGAACCGCAUUCAGAAUAAACCGUACACGGAGACGGUCGACUCCGACGGACGGCUGGAUGAAGUUGUGGCUGAGGAGGCCUGGCAGAGACACAAGAUGAGGAACGACUCCUUCAUAGUGGACCUCUUCCAAGGCCAGUUUAAAUCCAAGCUUGUUUGCCCCACAUGCUCCAAGGUGUCUAUCACCUUUGACCCCUUCCUCUACCUGCCCGUCCCGUUGCCCCAGAAACAAAAGGUGCUCUCAGUUUUCUACUUUGCAAAGGAACCUCAUAAAAAACCCAUCAAGUUUUUGGUGAGCGUGAGCAAGGAGAACUCCAGCACCGCUGAAGUCCUCGAGUCCAUCUCCAGGAGUGUGAGGGUCAAACCAGAGAACCUCAGACUGGCAGAGGUGGGAAAGAACCGCUUCCAGCGUAUGUUCCUGCCGUCCCAUUCCCUGGACACAGUGUCCUCCUCUGACAUGUUGUUCUGCUUUGAGGUGCUUUCCAAAGACCUGGCCAAAGAGAGAGUGGUCUUACUCAGAGUGCAGCAGAAACUCCAGGUUCCCAACAUCCCCAUCUCAAAAUGUGCCGCCUGCCUGAGGCCUCCAGUGUCUGAGGAGGACAAGCUGAAGAGGUGCACUCGGUGCUAUCGUGUGGGCUACUGCAAUCAAGUGUGUCAGAGGAACCACUGGCCCAAUCACAAGGGUCUUUGUCGGCCCAACACAGAGAACGUUGGUUUGCCUUUCCUGGUCAGCGUGCCGGAGUCUCGACUCUCCUACUCUCGCCUCAGCCAGCUGCUCGAGGGAUACUCCAGGUUUUCCGUCAACGUGUUCCAGCCUCCUUUCCAGUCAGGCAGGACGUCCCCUGAAACCCCCCAGUCCAGGGUUGACCUACCUCCGAUGCCGGCAGGUUCUCCAGAGUGUCCCGGGUCGGGCGAUGAGGCCGUGGGCGGCAGCAGUACCGCAGGGGGAAGCGAUCCGGAGAUGGAGAGCCCCUCUCAGCCGGCCGAAUCCCAGGCAGAGUGUGCUCAGGCCUCGGCAGUCCACUCCGGAGAGCCGGACUCGCUCUCCUCCUCCCAGGUGUCCAUCUCCACCACCAGGACUUCAGACUCAGGAUUCUCUGAGCCCAUCUCCUCCACUUCCUGCUGCUCUCUGGACCCUCAUGCUGAAAAGGAGACUUCCUGUGAGAAGGCAGUGCGACCUGAAGCUGCAGUAACGGGGUACCAACACCCCAGUGAAUCAGCGUCAGGCCACGCCAGCCAGUUCUACAUCGCCCUGCUGGACUCCAACAACAAGGAGCAACGGCUGGAUGAGAAGGAGGAUGCUCUGGCUGACCUCCCUGAAGAUGCAACGCUGGAGCUGGUGUGGAAAAACAACGAGCGUCUGAAGGAAUAUGUUCUGGUGAGCUCCAAAGAGCUGGAGUAUGAGGAGGAUCCCGGAUCUCUGAGUGAGACCGCCAGGGCCGGACACUUCACCCUGGAGCAGUGCCUCAACCUCUUCACCAAGCCAGAGGUCCUGGCACCAGAAGAGGCCUGGUACUGUCCAAAGUGCCAGCAGCACCGCGAAGCCUCCAAGCAACUGUUGCUGUGGCGUUUGCCCAAUGUUCUGAUCAUCCAGCUGAAACGCUUCUCCUUCAGGAGCUUCAUCUGGAGGGACAAGAUCAACGACAUGGUCGACUUCCCCGUCAGGAAUCUAGAUCUGAGUAAAUUCUGUAUCGGCCAGAAGGACGAAAUGCAGCAGCCUCCGAUCUAUGACUUGUACGCGGUCAUCAACCAUUAUGGAGGGAUGAUCGGAGGCCACUACACCGCCUACGCUCGCCUGCCGAGCGACAAGAACAGCCAGCGCAGUGACGUCGGCUGGCGUCUGUUUGACGACAGCACGGUGACGAUGGUGGAGGAGAGUCAGGUGGUUACCCGCUACGCCUACGUCCUGUUCUACCGCCGCCGAAACUCUCCGGUGGAGCGGCCGCCACGCUUCCUCCGACCGGUCGGAGCCGAGUCGCCCACCUCUGCAGGAGCUACAGCCAGCCAGGCCUCUCUAAUAUGGCGGGAACUGGAGGAGGAAGAGGAGGGUCCGGACAAGGGGCCCCGCGGACUGUUUCGCUCUGCGCUGCGAAGGCGACAGACGAACAGGGAUGAGGAAGACGAAGACAGAGCCGAAGGGCCGGUGCGACGGCACCGCGGGCAGAGGAUGUCGGACUAUCCCGACGACGACUGCGUUCGAUAUUUUGUCCUGGGGACUCUGACCGCCGUGCUCGCUCUCUUCGUCAAUCUGGUCUACCCUCUGCUUUACAAAACCAGCUGGACCUGAGCUGGGUGGUUGGUGACUCGCUGAGCUCAGACAUCAAUAAGUAACGAAUGUUCGGCUGUUUGAGGAAGAAGGUGCUGGAUGUAAACCAGAGACGAGGUACGAGGGUGCUAAACCUGGAAACAAGGGGCGAAACUUCCAUUUUGUAGCAGCUAUAAAGCCUCAUACUGUCCACAAAAACUCAAAUGUUGGAAACAAUCAAAGAAAAAAAGUAGAAGAAAGCUUGGAGCUAAUGUGUUACUGCUUCUGUCCACAGCAUCAGGUGACAGAAGCAGCCCAAUGAGGUUUUAAGCUGUUAACACAUGAACCUUAUUCAUCACCGAUGUGGGUCUUAUGGGGCCGAUACCAGUGGUGACUUUUAAUAAACAAGAACGGCCGAUAGUUGAUGUUUGGGGUCAACCAGACAAUUUCGUGUUUUCCAUGAAGACUCACAUUUUUAUUCAUGUGCUGACAUAAUUGCACAAAGGUUUUCUAAUCAUCAAUUAGACUUUGAUCAGUUUGUCUCCUGAUGUUCUUAUCCAUUUUCUUAAUAAUUCACUGUUUUAUAUCUUUUAUUUCUCAUUAAGGUCAGGAUCUUAAAUUGCUAAUUGUUUUCCAGACUUUGUUUCAGGUUAGUCUCCAUUCUUAAAUUUAUUAUUUAUUCAUUAUUGAAUUUCCCUUCGGGGAUUAAUAAAGUUAUUGUAUUGUAUUUUAACUUAGCCGCUAGCUGUUAGCGUAGCAUUAGCCACUGUGAGAGAAGCCAACUUCCUGGUUUCUUGUUCACACAUUUCUGAGACCACAGAGGGAUGACGGAGAGAGGAGGCUGAUCAUACCUGAAGUAUUUCAUUGAACAAUGAUCGGACAAUAACGGAUGACCCGAAAAAUGUUAAAUAUCGGCCACAAUAAUCCAUCAUGCUGAUGUUUGGUCUAUCCCUACUGGCAUGAACUCACCAGCUUUAAGCCAUUCAAACAUUCCGUCCUCCUAACGAUGAACUACUAUCUAGUGAACUGUGUAGGAAGCUCCUCUGCAAACUUUCCAACAACUUUAGUCUCAGCAACAUUAAUUUCAUCACGACUGUCGCUCAGUUAAAACAUAUCAGAUCGAUGGUGAAGCGACCGGCAUUUUUGUGAUAAAUUCUUAUUAUACUAAGCUUAUUUUCCAAAAUUAAUGAAUGAAAGUAACUUUUCCUUGUUUGUGUCGUGAUAUGUCGCUUGAUAAACUUAUCAAUGCUGAUUAUUGUUUUUAUUAUUUUCCUUGCACCAUUUCCAACGAAUACGUCUCAAUAAGUCCGCAACAGUUUCUAUAGCCCUUUACAAAAGCCCCACCAAAGUGCUUCACAGUAAAAAAAAAAAAAAAGCAGAAAAUAACUUACAAAAAUACAGUAACUUAAAACAGGACAAACAAUCGCAUUCGCACCUACGGGCAAAUUUAGAAUAAUCAAUUAACUCAGCAUAGUUUUGGACUGUGGGAGGAAACCCACACAUGUACAGGGAGAACAUGCAAAGUCCAUGCAGAAAGCCCCUGGGGAGGCCAGGACACGAACUGGGGAUCUUCUAGCUGCAAGGCGAGAAGUGCUAACCACCACUCCACUGUGCAGCCCAUAAAAUAUACAACAGAACAAUAAAAUACACAACAAUAAGACAGCACUAAAAUAUGCCAUCUAAAGAAAUAAAAGUAAUUAAAGCUGCAAGCAGCGAUGGACGGGUCCUCGCAUCCACGCUGGUCGUGAAUCCACGCACGUCCACCAGGUGGCGCUGUGACUGAGAGUGUAUGUCGGCCUCUGAAUCGCAUCUGGACCAGAGUCCAAUCAUACAUUUAAAAUUUCAGCCAGACUGUAGCAUGUUCAGAGCAGUUAUAGAGCAUUUCCUGUCUAUCCACCAGGUGGCGCUGUAACUCAGAGUGUAUUUCACACAGUGGAUGUGAUGAGGGUUGGACUCUGAUCACUCAUGAAAAGUUUCAGGCUGAUUUGAUCAUGUAGAGGCCAGUUAUACAGCAUUUACUGUCCCUCCAUCAGGUGGCGCUGCGACUGAGAGUGUCUGUUGGCCUGUAGAUGUGAUCAGGAUUGGAUUGUGAUCACACAUGGAAAGUUUGAGGCAGAUUGGAGCAUGCAGAGGAGAGUUAUACAGCAGUUGAUGUUUCAUGGCGAAGCAUCAAAACGCUGAUGGUCGCCAUGGCCACGCCAUUUGGCUUCUGGUUAAACUUUUGAUAACUUUUCCAAACCAAGUCCUGCUGUGUGGACUGACAAAAUUUCAGGUCUCCUGGAAUUAUCCCCUAGGAGGUAUUAACUCUCAAAAAUGAGAAAAAUCAUCAAAAAUCUCACAAUUAAUCCAAGAUGGCCGACUUCCUGUUGGGUUUAGGACAUGGCUCCAAGAGGCUUUUUUGUGCGUCCUGAUGUGCUCUAUAAGCCUCCCAAAUUUCAUGGAUGUAGGUGAAACGUGCUGGGGGGGCUGUUUGUUAAAAAUACUGUAGGGGGCGCUAUAGCAUGUGCAGUGCCGAGAUGCAUACAGUGUUGUUCCUUGGGUCAAUGGUGAUGUGUGUGGUAAUUUUUGUGAGCAUUGGAGUAUUCCUAACCUGUCAGAAAGGGCUUUGUUUUUCAUGGCGAUAUUUGGUUGCUACGGCAACAGCGUUACAUGAAAUGUCACACCCUUCACAGUGUGUGAUUGUCAAGAGGUGAAGACUCGACUGACCAAUUUCCAGCAUGAUAUCACCAAGUUUGGGGCCAUUGUACCUGAAAAUAUAAGGCCUUAAACUUACUAUUACCAACAGGUGGCGCUAUGACUUUUUCAAAAUUUAUGAGUGUGGAUGUGUUCAGACUGGACCUGGUAUCCAGCAUGUGAAGUCUGAGGCAGAUAGGAUGUUGUUCAACUGAGAUAUGAAUCGUUAAAUUUUCAUGGCGAAACAUCGAAAUUGGUUUGGCCGCCACAGACACGCCCUUUGAUGACAAGUCACCAUUUUCACUGGGAUGCAUCAUCAAUGUGUUUAGGCUGUUGUCACUGCAUUUGAAGUGAAUAUGAUCAACUGGGUAACAAUAGGGCAUGAAAGUGUAAAAGAUGUCUAUUUCCUGAAACCACAAGGUGGCGCUAUGACUGUCAAUGAAUGUCCCUAUGUGGAUGACAUCAGGACAGGACUGUCAUCAUACAUGUAAAGUUUCAGGCAGAUUGGAGCAUGUUGAGAAGAAUUAGACACCACUUCCUGUUUCAUGGCGAAGGAUCAGUUGUUUGAGGCUCCGCCAUGGCCACACCUUUUGGCUUCUGGUUGAGUUUUUGAUAACUUUUCAUCAGAAAGGUCUGGUGCAUGUACUGGCCAAAUUUCAGUUCUCUCAGACUUAUCCACUAGGAGCUAUAAAUUUUGACAAAUGUACAGCAAAUUCAAGAUGGCCGACUUCCUGUUGGGUUUAGGGUGUGGCUGUGAUUGACUUUUUGGUGUGUCCUGAUGUGGUGCAUAUGCCCACCAAAUAUUGUAGCUGUAAAUAAAACAUUGUGGAAGUUGGCCUAAUGACCACUGUUUCAAUUUUGCAGGUGGCGCUAUAGAGCCAUUUUUUCACACAUAUGCGCAACUCCCAUAAAAUAUCAAAUUUUUCGCCAGUCCUGAUGUGCACGCCAAAUUUCACGCGUUUUGGUUCAUGAUAAGGCCGCCAAAAAGGCAAGUCAUUUCCCGAGGAGCGAUUAAGUUUGAAAAAUUUACAGCAAAUUGAAGGUGGCCGACUUCCUGUUGGGUUUAGGGCGUGGCUGUAAUUGACUUUUUGGUGUGUCCAGAUGUUCUGCAUAUGCCCACCAAAUAUUGUAGCUGUACAUGAAACAUUGUGGCAGUUGGCCUAAUGACUACUUUUUCAAGUUUGCAGGUGGCGCUAUAGAGCCAUUUUGACACGCACAUGCGCAACUCCCAUAAAAUAUCAAAUUUUUCGCCAGUCCUGAUGUGCAUGCCAAAUUUCACGCGUUUUGGAGUAUGAUAAGGCCGCCAAAAAGCCAAUUUACUUUACGGGAGAAAAAAAAAAUAAAAUAAAAAUAAUAAUAAUAAUAAUAAACCCUAGGGUUUCAAUAGGGUCCUUGGCACCGCUGGUGCCUUGGACAGUCGGUGCCCUGGCACCGCCUGUCCUUCGCACCCUCGGUGCUCGGACCCUAAUAAUAAAAUAUCACCGUACUGCUCGGUAUUAAAAGCCAUUUUAACAAGAAGGUUUUGAUUGAAAAAGACCCUGAAAAUGAUCCCAAUGAUCCAGAAAUCUUUAACAAAUCCGUGGAUCCAGACCAUAAGCUACAUCACUGCCAAAAUCUAAUCACUUAGUCCUUGUGUCAUGUCUGACCUUCCCUGAAAAUGUCAUCCAAAUCUGUUGGUCUGCUUUUGAAUAAUGCUGUUAACAGACAGACCAACGCUGAUCAUCACAUUACUCUACAAGGAUAUUUUUCACAGAAAACACGCCUUAACACUACAAAAUACAUCACUAAUCUGUGGAGUUGAUCCUUGUUGGUCCUUCAAGUCGUCAGCCCUAAACACAAUGCAUGAUGGGAUGUAAUGUUGCUUCGUGACCAUUGGCUGUACAUUACUUGAUUCCAGUGUGUUGUGGGAUACUUUGAGUGACUCUAUAGGGUUUAACUGUUGUAACUGAACAUUCAAACAGCACUACAAACUGACACACUAUGUCGUGCAGCUGUAGAUUGUUUGGAACAUUUGAGUUUUUCUGGACACUGAAAUAAAGCUUCAGUUUACCUUUAUGCCCCUUAUUUCUGGGUAAAAACUUUAUGAAACACCCUCGUAUUUAGGUUUUGUUGUUCUCCAGCUCCUUCUGCACAACACCACGACUACUAAAAGUGUGUAACUUUACAAGGCUGAACCCUUUAAAAUCCAUGUAAUUUAUGUACUAUAUUUUCCAUGUGCUGUUUUACCUCUGGCUUCCUGUUUAUGUCCACAUUUCACCAAAUUUGUGAUAUUUCUUGUAAUAAUUCAGAUGAAUCACCGACACUGAAUACGUGCAAAACCGUGAAAGCUCAUUCUUGACCUGCAAGCAGCCGUUGAACUAAACGAAGAAGCCGGAGAUGUGGUUGAAAGCUUGGGACAGACGUCAUAAUUGGGGCCUUUUAUUUGAGGUUUUUGUUCAGUCAUCAACAAAAUGAUUAUAAGCAGAGAAUUCUGAUGAAAUAACUUUAAUUGCUAAAAAAAGCUUUUAUCUUCAGUGCGCUCUAAAGAUGAUGAGGAUUCCUGCAAAUCUAAGAUCAGCUCAGCUGUGAUUUGUUUUAAAUAUGGAGAAAAAACUUUUAUUUUGGUCUUUGCUGUUUUGGUCCAGCCACCAUUUUAUUUCUUAAAUGUCCUGUUUUAUUAAUCUGUGCUCUAUUUCACUGUCAUUAGUUCUUAUUUCUUGUAAUCUUUCCUCAUUGUUUUCACUGACAAUGUGUGUUUUUAGCUGUGUUUUUAUUCAACAUCUUUAAAGCCAUAUUCAAAGUGAGGAUUUUAGAUUCUCUGGAUUGUUUUUUUGUGUGUGAAAAAUGUGAAACCUACGAAAGCCAAGAAGCUUCCAUCCGCUUCUGAAUGUAAACCUGACAGUUAUGAAGCUCUUAAAUGUUCACUUUAAACCAUAUUUUCAUGCUGAAACCCUAAAGGUGAUUAAUUGCACUUCAGCAGCUUAAGAAUCUGGAUGUUUUCAUUCCGUUUUACUCUUCUGAGAGUCUGUCACACUUGUUUAGACUGAAAACUGUCCACAGAUUGUAUCAAUUCUCUGCGGUCGUGUAUUUAUGUGAUUGUGUUUUCGACUCUCAGGGAUUCCCGACGUUUGCCUUAAAGACUGUAUGCUUGAUUUAAGUCUAUGCAAUCGAGUUUAAAAUCCUCUACAGCUCAACGUACACGACUGUGGUGUUGAAUGUUGAGUUUAAAAGAACACAAGCUGUUUUUUAAACCUCUAAAAUCUGAUGUUUUCUUUGUUGAUUUGAUUGAAUUUCAAAGGAGGGAUAACCCUCUGUAGUCUGCUAUAUGAUGUUACCUGCAAAGAAUAAUCAUGUAUUUUGUGAGUUUGUAGAUACUGAUUUAUUGAAAGUACUGUAUUUAAAAAGAAAAUCAUAACCUAUUUGAAUUUUCCUCUGCAAUAAUGCCUCUAGAUACCUCCAUGUAAAUGCUGCUUUCUGCUACAUAAAGCAUCCUCCUUCUUCUGGGGAUUCACUUUUC